GCCGCUGAAGGCAAAGGGUGGGGGUGGGACCUGGGGGUGGAAGGCAGGUGGUCCCUGGGCACUGCCUGGGGUCUGGGAGAAGAACCCGCCACCUUCGCCUCAGCAAUGCUCGCAGGAAGAUAAGUCGCACUCCCCACGAUCUUGAACGGGGGCAAAUUCCUAGGGAAGGCUCCCUUGGGGAAUGUAGGACUCACUGCAGGGCUGGGGGUGUUGGGAUCCCGGGCAUUAAUCAGGUCUAACCACAGAGCCGGAAGAAUAAUUACAUCGUUUUAUAUACCCCCUUUCUCUCUGCCAUCAUGAUUUUCCAUGGCAGCAGCAUUAGCAGCCGCCUGAGGGUGAAAAUGUGGGUGAUGGGGAAGUUGGUAAUGACUCCGCUGUUUUUUCUCAUGGCUCCUUUGGGCAACAGCUGUCCGCCCCCGGUAUACACUGUAGUUGAUUGCAGGGAAACCCUGUACCUCUCCCCUUCCUUCUCUGCCGAUUUUGCACUUUUCUCUUUGCUCACCACCAAGUGUAAUCAAUAACAAGCACUGACAAUACAUAGCAAUAGUGAGAUCUGAGAUAACUUAAGAAUUAAUUAGGUACUACAGCCAUGGAUCUGGCUGGGUAAAAUCCGAUUGGAUAUUUCAGUUUCAUUCACCUACCCUGUUUUGGUGUUUUGGGGGGGGGGUUGAGGGGUUUUCUUUUUCCCUUUUUCUUCGUAAUUUUUUUUUUUUAAUUUUUGGUAUUUGGAAAGCAGGGAUCAUCACACUUUCCCUUCCCCGUUCGUUCUCAUAAUCCCUUCUCUAAAGAGGGGGGAACAUCCGGAUGGAUUUUAAGGAUUGGACUGGUGUCAGCUGUGUUUUAUUGCACACCUAAAUCCCGAUAAUAGGCUUUUCAUUCCCCCCAAAAGCCUUUUUUUUGGCAUUUAAGCCAGAUGUGUUUUCCAAAAAGUUAGUUCCAAGUAUUUUCUCCUCUCUUUCUUUCUUUCCUUCCUCCCCUUCCUUUUUCCCAUAACCCCUAACGUUAUUGUCCAAACAUGACUGGACAGCAGCUUUUGUUUCUUGACCCUGUAAUAUGACAGUCUGCUAAUAUUGCCAGAAGGUGCAGUUUUUGGGUUACAGUCGUGAUUUUAGCUAUUCAAUCAUAUUAGCAGGGAAAAAAUGACUUGUUUCUGUUGUACUUGAGUCUUAAGAAAAAGUGCCCAUAGUUUAGUGACAAUUUCCAAAGGCUUUAGUACCACCUGUAUUUCAAAAUGGGGGACCCAAACUCCCGGAAGAAACAAGCUCUGAACAGACUACGUGCUCAGCUUAGAAAGAAAAAAGAAUCUCUAGCUGACCAGUUUGACUUCAAGAUGUAUAUUGCCUUUGUAUUCAAGGAGAAGAAGAAAAAAUCAGCACUUUUUGAGGUGUCUGAGGUUAUACCAGUUAUGACAAAUAAUUACGAAGAAAAUAUCCUGAAAGGUGUGCGAGAAUCCAGCUAUUCCUUGGAAAGUUCCAUAGAGCUUUUACAGAAGGAUGUGGUACAGCUCCAUGCUCCUCGAUACCAGUCUAUGAGAAGGGAUGUAAUUGGCUGUACUCAGGAGAUGGAUUUCAUUCUUUGGCCUCGGAAUGAUAUUGAGAAAAUUGUCUGUCUCCUGUUUUCUAGGUGGAAGGAAUCUGAUGAGCCUUUUAGGCCUGUUCAGGCCAAAUUUGAGUUUCAUCACGGUGACUAUGAAAAACAGUUUCUGCAUGUACUGAGCCGCAAGGACAAGACUGGAAUUGUUGUCAACAAUCCUAACCAGUCCGUGUUUCUCUUCAUUGACAGACAGCACUUGCAGACUCCAAAAAACAAAGCUACGAUCUUCAAGUUAUGCAGCAUCUGCCUCUACCUGCCACAGGAGCAGCUUACCCACUGGGCAGUUGGCACCAUAGAGGACCACCUCCAUCCUUACAUGCCAGAGUAGAGUGCUGACCAGCAAAAUGGGCAAGAUCAGAGAGUGCAGCAGCAUUGGUUUUCUUGUUUUCUUACACUUUAUUCUUUCAGAGUUUAAAGAAAAUGGACUCAUGCACAGAACACUAUGCAUUUUGAAACUUGUUCAUCCUGGAUUUUUUUUUUUUUUUUUUUUAAAUUUUGUGUCUCAGAACUUAAAAAAUUAGGUGUCUUCUGCACGGACUGUGUGAAAGAAGAUGCUUUGCAUAUUUGCUGCACUGCAUUAGCAUCUUACUAAAAAUGUGAAAUGAAAGGACUAUUGUUCACUGAAAUGCUUAAAUGUAUCUGAAAGCACAAGGUGAUACUCAUUUUUGAUGGUCUUUCCAUUUGUGCUGGUUUUUGCCUCUUUGACAUCUGUCAGUAUUUAGAGGGUGAGAAGUGAAUGUAAAAGGUAUAAAUAACAUUUAAAAAAACUUUAAUAGCUUUGCUGUAAUCACCGUUGUUCCAGAGCACUCUCAGAUUCACUCUGAUGAUCAGAAGUGGUUGUUUAAAAAAAAAUACAUAGAUAUACAACCAUGGGAAAGAAAUCUUAAAUGGGGGAAAAAAAAGCAUCUCAUUGUAGGCAUUCUUGCCUCAUGUUUUACUGGGCCAUAUUUGUUUCCUGGUACUCAUUAAAUGUAUGUGUUUUAUUUCCAGAUCUCUUUCCCCAAGUUGCUGUUACAAGAGUAUUCUGCUGAAUGUGGAUACAGUUUAUACACAUUAAAGCAGAUCUGGAGUCUGAAGUAGCUAAAGCAGCUAUAAAACUGAGAAAUACAUUCAUAGCUGCAGAAACCAUGAUAGGUAGAGGACUUUCCUUUUUGGUUUUUGUUUUUUGGUUUUAAAGAGAAGAGAUUUUUAUUACAAAGAAAGAAAAUCCAGUGAAUUGUGCAGAAAUACUGGUUUCUACACCAUCCUAAAGGAACACUUAUGAGGGUUUUUUCGAGUAGAAAAAAGUUACUGAAGUUGGGAUCUAAAGUUGUUAAACCGUUGAGUGUCAGAGCUCUAAAAGCAGAACUCAUUUUGUGCAAUGAACAUAAGGAAAGACUACUGUAUAGGUUUUUGGGUUUUGUUUUGUUUUUUUUUUCUUUUUAAUGAAGAAAAGCUUUGCUUAAGGGUUGCAUACUUUUAUGGAGUAAAUCUGAAUGAUCCUACUCCUUUGGAGUAAAACUUAGUGCUUACUGGUUUCCAAUUGUAUUUAGCUUCUGGUUGGAAUUUGAAAAAAUGAAAACCUAAAUAAAAUAGGUGAAAGUUCCCUGACUUUUCAGGUGAAUACACAAAA